AAGAUUUAGGCCGAGACUACGUCCUUGUCAACAACUGUGCAAGAGAGCUGUUCUACCAGCCAUUCCCUUCUUCUGGGCUUCUGUCGUUGAAUACGGAGAUAACCAGCCACGGCAAGAACAAAAUUGUUGGAGAAACAGGACAACUAGCUCUUUGGUACCUCAAGCACAUCGGUCACUUCUUUGCGAUGCUUCCAACUCGAAAAAGCGGUGACGUGCUUACCCAUUGCAUGCACGGAAAAGAUCGAAGCGCAACGUACACUCUACACAUUUCGG